CAGAACGUCCUCACGUUUUGCACCAAGCCGAUCUUUGUAGGAGAACAGCUUUGGAAGGUCAAGCAGUGGCUCAUUGGCUUUUUUAAAAUUAAAAUAGGUUGGUUCAUGUCAGUGCAUUGCAAACAGUUUAAAUUUGGACUUCCUGUCUAAUCUGUGAAUAAUCUCUGUCUUCAGGAAGCAAUUAAAAGCAGACGGUAACAUCUGAGCUGUACUUCUGUUUCAGACUCACUGAGCCAGGAUGGCCGAAGCUGAUGUUACAUACGCUGAUGUGAAGUUCAUAAGACAGAGGACUAAAGAUGAUGUUUCUUUAGUCACUGAAGUCAACUCUGCACCCAGAAGAUCACCAACAAAAGAACCAGUCUGUGCAAAGUGUGCAGCAGAUGUUGAACAAGCUGGAAAGAGCACGAGGCCAAAGGUCACCAGAGAGCGAGUGGUCCUGCUGGUUCUCAUCGCUAUCUUGGUAGCUACCAUCAUCGCCCUGGCAGUCAAAAUAAAUUCUAGGACAAAAAUGUACCCUGAAAGUUCUACACCAUCAUGUCCACCACCUCCUGAAGUAAAAAAAGAGACGUGUCUGAAGUGUGAAGCAGGCUGGGAGCUAUAUGGAGGAAAGUGUUAUAAUUUCAGCACCAAGAAGUUCUCCUGGACUGAGAGCAGAGAUUCCUGCAAAGAUCUGGGAGGAGACCUGGUGAAUAUAGACAGCAGAGAGGAGCAGAUGUUCCUGUUUGAAAGACUGAGCAACAUUAUGGAGGAUGAUUUAAAGGACAAGUUCUGGAUUGGACUGACGGACUCAAAGGAAGAAGGCAGAUGGUUGUGGGUGGACGGGUCACCACUGAAUGAAAGGUAUGGCUGA